ACUGCUGUAAACAAGGAAUGCUUUCUUGGGAACAAUCGAAAUUCCUAUACCAAAAUUCUCUCCAGCUCUUCUUUUAGCACACUGAUUGAAAUCUGUGAAACUUUUUCAGAGGAGCUUUCACAAUGCUUUCCCAAGGAAACAAUGAGCCCAGCUUAACAUUGUCAUUAUGUAACAUCAACAUUGUGAGACAAAAAGCUGGGUUUGAAGCCUGUCAGCAGCAUCAGCCCUUUGACACAUCACUCACUGAUUGCCAAAUUGAAACCCUGGGCAAAACCUGGUCCCAAGUUCUGGCGGAACGAUGCAAACCUGCGCGGGAACCCAGCAAUGAACCCCAUUCGCUGAGAAAAUUCGCAGAGCGAAUUGAGUCAAGUGUGACCCUGAGUCGCAGGGUUGCGAUUCCGGACCCACCAGCAGCGAAACCCGAUUUGUCCGAGCUGAAAAAGUAUAUGGAACCCAUUUUGAGAGCUGGAAGGAAGAUGAAUUACAAAUUGCUCAACACAUCCCAGUUUCCAAAUGACAAUCCCAUUCCGGGGGUCAGUUUUGGAGUAAUGCUGGAGCAGGGCAUUAAAACCUGUUCUGGAAUAUCCAGGGAAACAGCACGCCUGAAAAUUCUGAAACACCUCAAUCCUUGCCUGUAUGAAAAAUCCCUGGCUUGGUUGGGGUUAAUGAACCACUACAAUUCCAAUCACAAGGCACACAGUGAGAAAGUCAAGGAGAUAGCUAAACACCAAGACUCUAAAGUCCUGGACAGAAAGAAGAAAAUGAUGGAAAAUGACAUGAACAAAAUCAGAAGGGUCAUCAGUCACCUAAAAUACCAUGUUGACAAGCUGGAUGAAAAAAUGUGUCUGAUGCAAGCAGAGAUGGAAGCGUUUGUGGAAUCUCCUGAAAAUAAGGCUAUUUUCGACAUGAAGAAGUGCAUUCUGGAAAGAAUGUGCAAGCAGAAAACCUGCUUGGAAAUUGCGAGGACGGACAAAGAGCGACUCACUCUGAAAAUCGAGCGUCUUGAAAAGCUGCAAAACAAUCUUCGAAACCAGGUGUCGCUCGAUUACCCACCGGUUUGUGGCAUGUCCAAGGCCGACGUUGACGACCUGCAUCAACAUCAAGUUCUCAACGCUGAAAAGAACAAAACUUUGAUUUCCGGUUACACAAAACUAUUGGAGAAAAUGAAGCGGGAAACCAGAGAUGACAUAAGGGGCCUGAGAAGCUUGUGGACCAGAAGCAAUGAGAUUGAGGCCCACACAAAAGCCCUGAUUGAUUUGAUCCAGUCCACUGAUCCAUGUGAUGUUGUCAUUAGAACUCUGCUCAAUUGUCUAAAUCUGCCACCAAAUCAUCGCAUGCACUGCCUCACAAAGGCUCUCAUCAAAGAGCAGAAAGUGGUUGCUUUGGCUGCAGAUGCUUUUGAUGUCAAAUACUCAGAGUUUUAAUCUGGAGGAAGGAAGAUUCUUCCUUCAUGACUGUAUUUAAAAAAAAUAAAACAUGGAUGAGCAUUUCUGAA